UUUUUCUUUUUUUUUUUUUUUCCUUUUUGGGCACUUUAAUACAUUCUCUUUACAUCAAGAGGGUACAAAGUUGUAUUUUUUUUUCUGCUUCAAAGACUCAUGGAUCAAAGUCCCUCAGAGCUACAUCCUGCAAUUGUAUCAGCUCUGUGGGUGGACAGAGGUGAAUUUAGCCGUGCUUGAGUCACUCUAGGCUGCAGUAAAGAAGAGGACACAAGGCAAGUGGUUGUCCAGUCAGCAAAGUACGACUGAAGACAUCACAGUGGAUCAUGUGUGCUGCGGCUCUGGAGGAGUACUGCGGGUCAGUCUUUUGGAACGUUUCAUAUCUGGAAAGAGAGGACCCUGACCUCCCAGUAUGUCUGGAGCAGACAGUUCUGAUCUGGAUCCCCCUGGGGUUCCUGUGGCUCUGUGCCCCCCGGCACCUUAUGUUUCUGUGCAAAACACCACGAGUAAAACGCAUGUCCGGGCUCUAUCUCUGCAAACAGCUUGUGGUGUCCCUGUUGUUCCUGACGGCCGUUGGAGGCUUGGCCGUCACGUUAGGAGAAGAUUUUGGUCCAAGCAGCGACAAAUCUGUGACAAACGUUGCUGUAUACUACACAAAUCCAGUCCUUUUUGCUUUUACAUGGAUCCUUCUGCUGCUGUGCCAGGAAGCAGUGAGGCGACGAGAAAGAGCAGUAGACUCCACCAGCCUUUUUCUCUUCUGGCUUCUUCUUGUUCUGUGCGACAUUUUUCCUUUCCAGACGCUCAUCCGACAGGCGCUUAGUCAGGGAGAAGUCAAGGAUGUUCCUCGUUUCUCCCUUUUCUACAUCUCCUUUACGCUGGAAGUAAUUGCUCUCAUUCUCUCUUCUGUGGCUGAUAUCUCUCCGGAGGAUAAAGAGCGUGUGAAAAAGAAUCCAGAGGCUGGUGCCACAUUUUUGAGCAGAAUCACUUUCAAUUGGUUUAACAGCAUGGUGUGGAAAGGCUACAAACAUCCCCUGGUUCAGGAGGACUUGUGGGAAAUCAGCGAUAAGGACAGCACCGCUUACAUAACCCAGUACUUCGAGGAUCACAUGAAAUCUGAGCUGGGAAAAGCUCGGGUCCGAUUCCAGAAGAAGUUGAAGAAGAAAUUGGUUAAAAAUGUAAUGAAAGGAGAGGCUUCUCAAAAUGGCUUCUCUGACAGUCUGAGGAAAGGUGUGAGUCAGGAUGUUCUGGUCAUGGAGGAUAAAGGAACAAAAGAAGACAAAAAGAAGAAGAAGAAAAAGGAAAAAAAGGAGGAAGAGAGCUAUCCAAACUCAUGGCUGACUAUGACCAUUUACAAAACUUUCAAAUGGAUUUUGUUUCAGUCUGCCUGUCUGAAACUUCUGCAGGAUCUUUUGGCUUUUGUCAGUCCUCAGAUCCUCAAAUGGAUGAUCUCUUUCACUCAGGACAAAUCCAGAUAYGCCUGGGAAGGGUAUAUGUAUUCAGUGCUGCUGCUGCUGGUGGCCCUGCUGCAGUCCCUGUUCCUACAGCAAUAUUUCCAGAAGUGCUUCGUUCUGGGGAUGAAGGUYCGCACCGCCCUCAUGGCUGCUGUGUACAAAAAGGCAUUGGUGAUGUCGAACGACAAUCGUAAAGAGUCAACAGUCGGGGAAACGGUGAACCUGAUGUCAGCAGAYGCCCAGCGCUUCAACGAUGUGACCAACUUUAUCCACCUGCUGUGGUCCUGCCCUCUACAGAUUGYCAUAUCCAUUGUUUUCCUCUGGCUGGAGCUGGGGCCUUCUGUGUUGGCAGGGCUGGCAGUAAUGGUGCUGAUGGUGCCAAUCAAUGGACUGCUAGCCAACAAGGCUAGAAAAUUACAGGUGGAGAACAUGAAGUUCAAAGACAAGAGACUGAAAAUAAUGAAUGAAAUGCUCAAUGGAAUCAAAAUUUUGAAACUUUUUGCAUGGGAGCCAUCCUUCCAGGCUCAAGUAGAAGGUAUUAGGGGUGAAGAGCUGAAGGUUAUGAAGAAGUUUGCAUACUUGACAUCUGUGUCAACGUUCAUCUUUUCCUGCGCUCCUGCUUUGGUUUCUCUGGCGACGUUUGCUGUGUUUGUUGGUGUCAGCUCGGACAACAUUUUAACCGCAGAGAAAGCUUUCACAUCCAUUUCGCUCUUCAACAUCCUCCGAUUUCCUCUUGCCAUGCUGCCCAUGCUUAUCGCUGCCAUUGUUCAGACAUCCGUGUCUAAAAAGAGACUGGAGAAGUUUCUGGGAGGAGAUGAGCUUGAAAGUGACAUUGUGCAACACGACCCCAGUUUCAACACGGCUGUCAGUGUGUGCGAUGGUUCCUUUGCAUGGGAAAAAGAUACAGAUCCUUUACUGAAAAAUGUGUCGCUGGACGUUAAGCCUGGUCGGCUGGUAGCCGUAGUGGGAGCUGUGGGCUCAGGGAAGUCCUCCCUCAUGUCAGCCCUCUUGGGAGAGAUGCACUGCACGAAAGGCUUCAUUAACAUUCAGGGCUCCCUUGCAUUUGUCCCACAACAAGCAUGGAUCCAAAACGCCACUCUGAGGGAUAACAUCUUGUUUGGUUCUCCGUAUGAAGAAAAGAGGUUUCAGGAGGUAAUUGAGGCCUGUGCUCUUGGCCCCGACUUGAAGCUGCUGGCUGCAGGUGAACUCACGGAGAUCGGAGAAAAAGGUAUCAACCUCUCAGGGGGUCAGAAACAACGUGUGAGCUUGGCCAGAGCAGCUUACAGCCWGGCUGACAUUUAUCUCUUAGAUGACCCCCUGUCUGCUGUGGACUCUCAUGUUGGAAAGCACAUAUUUGAUAAAGUUAUUGGCCCCAAUGGAAUUCUCAAAGACAAGACUCGAAUCCUGGUGACUCAUGGAGUAAGUUUUCUGCCUAAAGUGGAUGAAGUGGUGGUCUUGGUAGACGGAAAAGUUUCUGAGGUCGGAUCUUACAAAAGCCUUCGUGCCAGCAGAGGGGCAUUUUCAGAAUUUUUGGACACAUAUGCUAAAGAACGGCAUCAGAGCACUUCGGAGGAAGCUGGUAUCCAGGUUAAAGAAGACRUGGAACUCAUGAUUGAUGAAGAGGACGCUCAAGCAGACCUUCCUCCGGAAGAUGCUGUUUCCUUUACAUUAAGGAGAGAGAACAGCAUCCGCCGCAGCCAGAGAGGCGGCAGUGUUCGAUUAAGAAACAAGAGCACAUUAAAGGUUUCUGAAAGUGACGGGGAAACAAAGAAAGGUCAGAGGCUGAUUGAAAAAGAAGCUAUGGAAACAGGAAAGGUGAAAUUCUCAGUGUACCUCCAGUACCUGCGAGCCAUGGGCUGGGGAUACAGUGUUUGGGUCUUCGUGAUUUACUUCGUCCAGAACAUUGCUUUCAUCGGUCAGAACUUGUGGCUGAGUGAUUGGACCAACGAUGCMGUAGAUUAUUACAACAAGACGUACCCGUCCUCGUUGAGGGACGCCAGGGUGGGAGUGUUUGGCGCUCUCGGAGUGGCUCAGGGUCUCUUUGUGUUCCUCGGCACGCUGCUCUUAGCCAACGCUUCAGUUAAUGCGUCUCGAAUCCUGCAUUCACAACUGCUCAACAACAUCCUGCGAGUGCCCAUGCUCUUCUUUGACACCACACCUAUUGGAAGAGUGGUCAACCGCUUUGCGAAGGACAUAUUUACCAUAGAUGAAGCCAUUCCUCAGUCCUUCCGCUCCUGGUUGUUGUGUCUGCUGGGCGUAUUGGGGACACUUUUUGUCAUCUGUCUGGCCACGCCUUUCUUCACCAUAAUCAUCAUUCCGCUGGCUGCGAUCUACUUCUUUGUGCAGCGAUUCUACGUCGCCACCUCACGACAGCUGCGCCGUCUGGACUCCGUGUCUCGUUCUCCGAUCUACUCUCACUUUGGUGAGACGGUGUCUGGUUUAUCUGUGAUCAGAGCUUACAAGCACCAAGAAAGGUUUCUUAAACACAACUACAUAACGAUCGACGAAAACCUCAAAAGUGUCUAUCCGUGGAUUGUGUCCAACAGAUGGUUGGCUAUCCGUUUGGAGUUUCUGGGAAAUCUUGUGGUAUUUUUUGCAGCUCUGUUUGCUGUCAUUUCCAGGCACUCCAUCGACAGCGGCUUAGUUGGUCUAUCAAUAUCAUAUGCUCUUAAUGUAACUCAGACCCUAAACUGGCUGGUGAGGAUGACCUCAGAGCUGGAGACCAACAUCGUGGCCGUGGAGCGAGUGAAUGAAUACUCUGUGAUUGAAAAUGAGGCUGAGUGGGUGGCUGAACGCCGGCCUCCAGAAAAUUGGCCGGAGGCAGGAAGGCUACAGUUUAUAGACUACAAGGUCCGUUACAGACCCGAACUGGACCUGGUUCUGAAAGGAAUCACUUGCGACAUCAGCAGCACUGAAAAGAUUGGUAUAGUGGGUCGCACAGGAGCUGGCAAAUCGAGCCUGACCAACUGUUUGUUUCGAAUCAUUGAAGCAGCUGAAGGACGUAUACUCAUCGACGGUAUAGACAUCGCCUCAAUUGGGCUGCAUGAUCUGAGAAACAGGAUCACGAUCAUACCUCAGGAUCCAGUUUUGUUCUCCGGGACGCUGAGGAUGAACCUGGACCCKUUUGACAAAUUCAGUGAUGAGGAGAUUUGGAAAGUGCUCGAGCUCUCACAUCUGAAGACCUACGUGGCAGGGCUGGAGGAAGGUUUACAACAUGAAGUUGCAGAGGGGGGAGAGAACCUCAGCGUYGGGCAGAGGCAGCUGCUGUGUCUGGCUCGAGCGCUGCUGAGAAAAUCACGCAUCCUGAUCCUGGACGAGGCCACRGCAGCUGUAGACCUGGAGACGGACGACUUGAUUCARAAUACGAUCCGUGAAGAGUUCUCUCACUGCACCGUCCUCACCAUCGCCCACCGCUUGCACAGUAUCAUGGACAGCACCAGGGUGAUGGUUCUGGAUGCUGGUAAAAUUGUGGAGUUUGAUUCUCCAAGCAAUCUGCAGGAAAAGGAAGGCAUUUUUUACUCCAUGGCAAAGGAUGCUGGGAUAACACAAGAAACAGCGACAUCGCUCUGAUUAAGAGCUUUUGUAUUUUUUGAUGGGAUGAUUUGAUACCUGUAUUUUUUUUGUCAUUUAGAAAGUUUAAUAAACAUUGCAAUAUGUACUGUAUUUAUAGGAAGCAUCRUAAAGAAAUUAUUCUGUACAUGUAUAUAAUUUUUGUAUGUGAACAAUAAAUGUUCUUUCUGAAAUAA